AUGAAACACCUUAAGGGCCUCCUGCUGCCCGCCCUGCUGGCACUAGCAUCCUCGGCCGCCGCGAAAGAUCCCCUCGUCGAAACUACGCCUUUCAAGAAUGAGCUGGUUAAUCUCAUGUACUUUGACGAUUCCGGAGUCGCCUUGGUACAAGAACUCGACAAUGGGAAGAUAUUCCGGUCCCACGAUGCUGGCAAGGGCUGGAAAGAAAUAAAAGACGUACAAGGCCUGGGCAUAAUAAAAAGCCCGUACGACAACAAGGUCGCGCUGAUCUUGGGCGAGAAGAAGCAUUGGAUCACGUAUGAUCAGGGCGAGAAUUGGGAUAGCUUUGAGACGAAGCUUCCGCCUUCGCCACAGGGUCCUGUGGGCUGGCAUGCGCAGGAUAACAAGAAGAUCUUGCUGAAUGAGAUUGAGAAUUGCUUUACUGCGCCAUGUCUCGGAAAGACAUACUACACCACCGAUGGCUUCAAGACAGACCCCAAGACCCUCGUCGACGACCGCCGCAUGUGCCAAUGGGCAAAGGCUUCCGAGCGCUUCCUACAAGGCGUGGACAAGCACGACGACCGGAUACUGUGCAUCACAAGGGGAAAAUACUCGGAUAGGUCAAAGGACUUUAGACUGCUCAUGUCUGACAACUUCUUCAAGGAGACAGAAGAGCCCGUCAUGUCUUCCGGACGUACCGUGCAGGGUAUGGCCAACAUGGCCGCCGUCAAGGGCUACAUCGUCGCCGCCGCCAAAGCCGAGCACUCGAGCGAGCUCGCCCUCUACGUGACCCAGGAUACCGACUCGUGGCACCACGCUCGCUUCGGCGACCACAAGAUUGAAGAAGACGCCUACACUAUCCUCGAAUCUACAAACUACAGCAUCCAGGUCGACGUCAUGACGUCCAAGUACGUGACCAUGGGCAAUCUCUACACAAGCAACUCCAACGGAACCUACUUUACCAAGAAUGUCGAACACACCAAUCGCAACGAUGCCGGCUACGUAGACUUUGAGAAGAUUGCAAAUAUCCAAGGCGUGGUUUUGGUGAAUACUGUGGACAACUACAAGGAGGUUGAGAAGUCUGGCCAGUCUAAAAAGCUCAAGUCGCGCAUCAGUUUCGAUGACGGAAGGUCCUUUGAGAAGCUCACCGUCAAGGGCAAGGAUGGAGAGCUGCAUCUGCACUCGGUCACCAACCUGCACAACAGCGGACGCGUCUUCUCGAGUCCUGCGCCAGGCAUCGUCAUGGGCGUUGGAAACACUGGCGAUUACCUGGGCAAAUAUACCGACGGUGACCUCUACGUCUCCGACGAUGCUGGUCUUACAUGGGAGCUGGCACUUGAGGAAGCGCACAAGUACGAGUUUGGUGACCAGGGCUCCGUCUUGGUAGCCGUUUUCGACGAGGGCGACACGGACGAAAUUAGGUACUCGUUCAAGCAUGGACGAAAGGAUACCUGGCAAAAGAUCAAGCUCGAUUACAAGAUUCGCGCGCGCGAGCUUACAACUCUACCCGAUUCAACGAGUUUGAAGUUCAUGAUCUACGGAUCAAGAAAGAAGGAUGGAGGUGGCAGAGAGCACGUCAUUGUUCACUUGGAUUUCUCUGACAUGCUAAAGAAGUGCGGAGACAGCGACUUCGACGAUGAAUGGUCAGUGCGCAAGGAUGCGGACGGCGACCCAAGUUGCGUCAUGGGCCACAAGCAGCUGUUCCGCAGGCGCAAGUGGGAUGCCGAAUGCUCUGUUGGAGAGCUUUUCAAAGACCCGGUCCCUAAGUUCAAGCCCUGCGAUUGCGACAAGUUCAGGGACUACGAGUGCGAUUUCAACUUUACCCCUACCGGAGAAGGCAAGGACAAGAAGUGUGAGCCCAGCGAGUCGUUCAGUCUUCCCAAAGGAGCGUGCGAGGGUGAUGCGAAGUCUUACAAGGGUAGUUCCGGGUGGAGAAAGAUUCCGGGCAAUCAGUGCAAGGGUGAGACCGAACGCGACAAGCAGGUUGAACGCGAAUGCAAAGACGCGGAGCGACCGCGGCCCAAGACCGACAAGAUUACCAGCGAAAUCACAAAGUUCAAGGGUAGCAACUUCAUGGAGCAGUACUAUUUGGAGCGCAACACUCAAAGCGAUGGGACUGAUAACGACCGGGGCAAGGACGAAACGGUGGUAAUGCUCACCGACGAGCGUACCGCCUACAUCACUCACGAUCACGGAAAGAAGUGGAAGAAGGCAGUUGAUGAUGAGAUUGUCAGAAUCUACCCUCAUCAAUACGAGAACAACAACGUCUACUUCUUGACAGCGAGCAAAAAGGUUUACUACUCCAAGGACCGCGGCCUUCACGACAGCAUCAACUCGUUCGAGGCGCCGGUUAUGCCAAACACGGAGAUGCUUCCUAUCAUGCAGUUCCAUCCCAAACAAAAGGAUUGGAUUAUCUGGCUGGGUGGUAAGAAUUGUGAGAAACUCGGCAAUAAGGAUUGUCACACCGUGGCCUACGUCUCGCAGAAGAACGGUGAAGACUCUAGCUGGGAGUCGCUUGUUCCAUAUGUGAAGAAGUGCGCUUUUGUCUGGCGUGAAGCUGGCCGAAGUGUCAAAGAAGAGCAGGUAUUUUGCGAGCAACACACCAACGAGGAAAAGAAUGCGCCACUUGAACUCAUCUCCAGUGACGAUUGGUUCAAGAAGAAGGACGUCAAGUUCAAGUCGGUGGUUGAGUUUGCGACAAUGUCGGAAUUCAUCAUCGUCGCAACCAAAGCUGAAGACAACACUCUUCACCUCGACGCUAGUCUUGAUGCCCAUACUUUUGCAGAGGCCAAGUUCCCUCCCAAGUUUUUCGAUAUCCAUCAGACUGCCUACACGGUAUUGGACAGCUCGACACAUGCAGUUUUCCUACACGUCACGGUCAACCCACAGCGAGACCAGGAGUAUGGCUCUAUCAUCAAGAGUAACAGCAAUGGUACUUCUUAUGUCAUGAGUCUUGCUGCUGUCAACAGGAACACCGAAGGCUACGUCGACUUUGAGAAGAUGCAGGGUCUCGAGGGUGUUGCGGUUGCCAAUGUUAUUGUAAACGUCGAUGAAGUCAACAAGGGUGCAAAGAAGAAGAAGCAGAGUCGCAUCACUCACAACGACGGCGCGGAUUGGGAGCCUCUUCAAGCACCCGAGAAGGACUCUGACGACAAGCCAUACGACUGCGAUAUAGCAGACAAAAAAAAGUGCGGUCUGCAUAUUCACGGGUACACAGAGCGCGCUGAUCCUCGCGAAAUGUACUCUUCACCCACCGCAGUCGGCCUGAUGCUUGCUGUCGGUAACGUAGGACCCGAGCUCACCACUUUCGGCGAAGCCAACACCUUCAUGACUACUGACGCAGGUAUCACGUGGAAGGAGGUCAAGAAGGGAACCUACGCGUGGGAAUUCGGUGACCAAGGCUCCGUCAUCGUCAUCGUCCGCCGCGGCGAAGACACCGAUCACGUCUACUACUCGGUCGACAGCGGCGCAAAGUGGGACCUCUACCAAUUCGCCGACCACAAGAUGCGCGUCGACGCAAUCACCACGGUCCCCAGCGACACGUCGCUCAACUUUUUGCUUUGGGGCAAAGACAGCAGGGAACUCUUUGCCGUCAACCUAGACUUCUCAGGUCUCCCCGAAUUUCAAAAGGAAUGCAAACUCGACGAAAAUGAUCCCACAAAGGGUGAUUAUGAUCUCUGGAGCCCGCAACAUCCUCUCCAGCAGGACGAGCCUGAAUGUCUCUUUGGUCACGUCGCGCAGUACCACCGCAAGAAGCGCGAUGUCAAGUGUAGAAACGGCCAACGCAUCGACCAAAUGCACGACAUUGCCCGCAACUGCUCCUGCACGCGUCGGGACUUUGAAUGCGCCUACAACUACGAGCGCGACUCCUCGGGCGACUGCGUCCUCGUACCAGGCCUCUCCCUCCCCGACCCUGCAAAAGUCUGCUCCAACAAAAACGUAAAAGAAUACUACUCCAAUACGCGCUUCCGCAAAAUCCCCCUCUCCACCUGCCAAGGCGGCACCGAAUACGAUAAAACAGGCGACGUCCACCCAUGCCCUGGCUUCGAAGAGGACUUUAAGAAAAAUCACGGCGUCGGCGGUUUUACCCUCUUCCUCGCUAUCGUACUGCCCUUUGCGGCCGCCGCGGGGGUCGGGUAUUGGGUGUGGAGGAAUUGGGAUGGCAAGUUUGGUCGGAUUCGACUCGGGGAACCGGGGGGUGGGAGCGCGUUUGAUUCGGAUGCGCCGUGGGUUCGGUGGCCGAUUGCUGCUGUUAGUGGGUUGGUUGCUGUUGGGGCGGCGUUGCCGUUGGUGGUGGGGAGUGUGUGGCGAUGGGUUGUCGGAAGGAUGGGUGGGCGUGGUGGUGGUGGCGGUGGGUACUCCGGUUUGGGUGGGAGUGGGUUUGGCAGGGCGUAUACUUCGCGUAGUAGCUUUGCGAGGGGGAGGGGCGAGUAUAGUGUUGUUGAUCCUGAUGAGGGUGAGUUGUUGGGCGAUGAGGAGAGUGAUGAGGAUGUGUGA